CAUCGAAUAAGUACGUAAAAUAAACAAAUUCUUACAUUUCAAAACUUUAUUUUCCAAAGUUCACGUGAGCGGAUGUACUUUUCGCCACCUAUCGAUAUGACGUCAUGUUACAUUGCCAAGGCUUCAUUGACAACGAUGCACGUGCAUUUGUUUACAUUUUAAAAAAUUUCAAAUAAUUUGAAAACAUCGAAAUGGAACCCGAAGACGUUGAUGAAAAUAAAGAGAUUAUUAUUUCAGCAAGAGAGAGAGGCCCAGGUCCUGGUAGAUAUGCAUUACCAUCCACAUGUGGUGACGAGGCACAUGAUGCAACGAAACACAAGAAACCAUCAUACUCUUUUGGAAGAAGGUUUAAACUGUCCAGUUUCAUAUGCAGUCCAGGACCUUGUUAUUCAAUAAACCCUCACAUCACAAGGAAUGGUCGUGAUGGAACACCAGUAUACUCUAUGUUAUCGAGGCAGAAAGAAAUAAAUGAAUUCAAGACUCCAGCUCCAGGUUGUUAUCAUCCUGAGAAAGUUCAUCCCCCAGGGGAGAGACACUCAUGCAAGUACAGUAUGGGAUUCAGGACGCGUUGCCGCAAACGUGACCUGAAUCCCGCGUCAAAUGUCUACGCAUUGCCACCAGUCAUGGGCAGUACUCAGGCUAACAAACAAUCAUAUCCAAGUUGGUCUAUGACAGGAAGAUCGCAUGCAAGGAACUUUGCAGAGGAUCUUGCUAAGACACCAGGCCCUGGACAGUACAAUGCUGUUCAACCAAAUGUUAUGCGUAAUCAAGCUCCAAGAUAUUCGUUGCUAGGACGCAACCACAUGCCUGGAGAUGGGACCGUGAAACCAGGCCCAGGGGCACACAGACCAGAAGUAGUUGACCUAAACAAGCCAGCAGCACCAAAACAUUCUUUAGGCAUACGUCAUUCUGAAUUUGUAACUCCACUUAUAAUGGAGUGUAAGGACUAGACAACUCAGACUAUUUUAAAAGUCAAGAGCAAUUAUAAAAGUGCCAGUAAAAAGGCAGAGGGAAAGAUAUUCUUGUUUCUGGUCUGGUCUUUUUAGACCAUUUUUUGUCUUUUACAAAUUGCUCAUUAUCACUCUCAGAAAUAUCUAGAACUUCUGUAAAAUUGCUAUUGAUUAUUUUUGUCCGAUACUAUUACUUGAUGCUGAAGAAUUUAUUGAUAGCUCAGUGACUCGAUAGAACUGAAAUAAGAAUAAUUUUGCAUUGGAAUUAAUCAUUUACAUCUGACCAACUCAACUAUUCUUUUCAAAAAUGUUACCCAUCUAGUGAAAAGAAACAAGGGUAUUUUCCCUGGCCUUAUUUUCAUUCUCAAUACAUUAUUUUGCAAUAAUUACUGAAUAUAUAUAUGUAAAUACUGAUAUUGUAAUAAAAUUAUUUUAUUUAUAGUUAAUAAAA